AGGGAAACGACGGCUCUCAGGUUGGGACAAUAUUAUCUGGAAGCUGAAGAAGAAACCGAACGCUCCCUUUCCCCCCCUCUCUUCCCACCCUUUUUCAAUCUGGAGUGGGAAAAGCAAGCCCCAAGGUCUACAAAGCUAAAACCCAAUCUCGGAUAUACUACUAAUAGGCGCGGCGCUCGGACUAUAAAACACAACAAAUCAUAAACCCGGCGGAGCAGCAGCGGCCGCGCGCGCCUCCCCUCCCAAUGAGUUCCUAUUUCGUGAACUCCACCUUCCCCGUCACUCUGGCCAGCGGGCAGGAGUCCUUCUUGGGCCAGCUACCGCUCUACUCAUCGGGCUAUGCGGACCCGCUGAGGCACUACCCCGCGCCCUAUGGGCCGGGACCCGGCCAGGACAAGGGCUUUACGGCUUCUUCCUAUUACCCACCGGCGGGUGGAGGCUAUGGCCGAGCGGCGCUCUGCGAUUACGGGCCCGCGCCGGCCUUCUACCGCGAGAAGGAGUCGGCCUGCGCGCUCUCGGGCGCCGAGGAGCCGCCCCCGUUCCACCCCGAGCCGCGGAAGUCUGAUUGCGCGCAGGACAAGAGCGUGUUCGGCGAGACCGACGAGCAAAAGUGCUCCACUCCCGUCUACCCGUGGAUGCAGCGGAUGAAUUCGUGCAACAGUUCCUCCUUCGGACCCAGUGGUCGGCGAGGCCGCCAGACCUACACUCGUUACCAGACUCUGGAACUGGAGAAGGAGUUUCACUACAAUCGCUACCUGACACGGCGGCGCCGCAUCGAGAUCGCUCACGCCCUGUGCCUGACCGAGCGGCAGAUCAAGAUCUGGUUCCAGAACCGGCGCAUGAAGUGGAAAAAGGAGAGCAAACUUCUCAGCGCGUCUCAGCUCAGUGCCGAGGAGGAGGAAGAAAAGCCGGCCGAGUGAAGGUGCAGGCUAGGGAAGGGGGCACGCGAAGGGAGAGGCCUGUGGGGAACCGAGAGCGCCUGAGAGCCGGUGGAGAGCUCUGCGGGCGCGGGAGCCUGGGGACCAGCUCUCCGGCGCUAGCCAGGCAGGGUCCAGCGCUCUUCUGCACCACCCCGCCCGCAGAGGUCUCCCGAGGGCUCUCAGGCCACAGCGCCGACCCCACCCAGCACCCCCAGCGCCUCCUCCCUCCCCAAGGAAUCCGCCUGGGCCAGAUCAGGCUCCCUGGUGAGAACUGAGGAUCGGACUCACUUGAUGUUUUCCUGGAAGCAGAGCAAAAGGCUCUUGUCCAUGUCGAGUCUAUUUCGUCCAUGUCCCCCUGUGCACGGUUCAAUGGUAGAUUCGCUGUCCCUCAGCAGGGGUGUCGAAGACACCCUGACCCCAGACUUGUCUCUCCCAACCCCUCCCCAAAGCCACUGGAAGGAGCACAUACUACCUAGAAGCAAGAAGAGGAGCCUCAGAAGAAAACAAAGUUCUAUUUUAUUAAUUUUCUAUGUGUUGUGUUUGUAAGUCUUGUCUUAGCUCUGGACGUGAAAUACUUCGGUAAUAAUAUUAAUAUUAUUAAUAAUGAUAAUAACAAUAAAAACGUGAAAACUCGCCGCUCAG